AUGUGGGAUCCUCCCAGACUGGGGCACGAACCCGUGUCCCCUGCAUCGGCAGGUGGACUCCCAACCACUGCGCCACCAGGGAAGCCCCUGCAGUCGUUGGUUUAAAUGUCAAUUACAUCAACUUGGGUGAUAGUGUUGUUCAGAUUUUCUAUAUCCUUACAGGUUUUUUUGGUCUAUUUUUUCUAUCAAUUACUGAGAGAACAGUGUUAAAAUCUCCAACUAUGAUUGAGGAUUUGUCCCUUUAGACCUGAUAUUAGGUGCAUACACAUUUAGGUUGCUUUGUGUUCUAGAUGAUUUGACCCAUUUAUCAUAAUGAAAUGUCCCUCUUUUUCUCUUUGUCAUGAAGUCUCUUGGUCACAUACUAAUAUAGCCAUACCAGCUUUCAUGUGCUUGCUGUUUGCAUGGAAUGUCUUUUUCCGACCAUUUUAUUUCCAAACUAUCUGUCUUUAUAUAUAAAAUGUCUCUUGUAGACAGCAUACCGUUGGGUCUUGCUUUUUUAAAUUUGACAAUCUCAACCUUAUAAUUCAAGUGUUUAGUCCAUUUACAUUUAAUGUAAUUAUUGAUAUGGCUGGGUAUUAAUCUAUCAUAUUGUCUUUUUUCCAUUUGAUCUUUCUGAUUUUUAUUCUUGAUCCUUUCCUGUAUAUUAUUGACUGUUUUUUAGUGUUCGUCUAUUGGCUUUUAGCUAUACCUCUUUGUAUAAUAUUUUUACAGCUAACAGUAUGCAUCCUUAAAUUAUCAACAUUUAACUUAUUGGAAUAUACUUUAAUAUUGUACCACUUUAUAAUUCACAUUUCUUAUUUCCUGCCCCUCACUUAACACCUUUACAUUUCCCAUCUGUCACUUCACCUGACACUACUUCUUACUUCUAACUUUCUAUUUCUGAAUUAGCAGUUCAUAAAUGUAAAAACAACAGAUUAAUUCCAUUUACCCUCUCCUUUGUGCUAUUUUUAUAUCUUUUACUUCUAGUUGUCUUAUGUUCUACUUAUACUAUUGUCUUCUUUGCCUUAACAGUCAGUUGCCUUUUAAGGAAGUUAGGAGAAAUAAAAGCAUAGUAUCUUAAACUUAUUCACCAUGUAUUUACCAUUUCUGGAGAUCUUCAUUCCUUUCUGUAUAUAUGAGUUUCCCUUAAACUGGAAGAAUGUCCUUUAGCAUUUCUUGUAGUACAAGUCAUUGGUGAAAAAUUCUCUUAGCUUAUUUAUCUGAAAAAUGUCUUUAAUUCUUUCUUUGAAAGGUGUUUUUGUUGGAUGUGGAAUUCUGGGUUGAUGGUUCAUUUUCUAGAAUUUGCAUUUGUUUCUUUUUAUAAUUUCUAUUUCUCUAUAGAAAGUCACUAUCUCUUCUGUCAUAAAGACUAUAUUGUUUUUAAGUCCUCAGGCCAUCUGAAGUUGGUUUCUCUUUACUGCUUUCCCUUGAUUUUGAGUCACAUUUUCCUGUUUCUUUACAUGUGUAGUAAUUUUGGAUUGCAUCCUGGAUAUUGUGGAUGGCACAUUGUAGACCCUAAGGAUUCUGUUACCUCCCUCUGAAGAGUGCUGAUUUUUAUUCUAGCAGGCAGUUCAAUUACUGACUGAUCAACUUGUGUUGGCUUGGUUUUAGGGCAGAUCUUUGGAAAGCCCAAGGUGUUUCCCAAAUUCCUUUUUUUUUGGCCAUGCUGUGUGGCUUGCGGGAUCUUAGCUCCCGGAUCAGGGGUUGAACCUGGGCCCUUGGCAGUGAAAGCAUGGAGUCCUAACCACUGGACUGCCAGGGAAUUCCCCAAAUUCUUCUAACUGGAUCAGAAUAGAGCAGUAGACUGGACCUCUUCUGUGGAUCUUGUUGAAGCUUGGCUUUAAGUUUUUUAGGGCAGGUUUAGAGUAGGUCUUUCUCUAGAGCAUGGUCCUUACUCCUAACAUGUGGCCUUUCUGGUAUCUCAGGAUGCCUUGAGUGUUAAUAAGGUCUCUCUCCUCUCAGGGUCAGAAACGCAAAUGUCUCUCAUCACUGACUGGCCUUUUGUAUCCCUCUUUUGCUCCUUUAACCUGGUAGCAACUGCUCUCUGUUGAACCUUGCAUAGUUUCACCCUACUGAGUGCAGCCCAGCCCUUGGCCAGAACUCACAGGGGGCCCCCCCGCACAGACUUCCGCCUCCACCCCAUAGCUCCCUCCUCCCUGCUGCCGUGUUCUUCCGAUCCCAGCCACUUCGGUAGCUCCAAAUGCUGAUCUCUGCCUCCUCAGUUUAGUGAGACCUCUGGUCUCUGCUUAAGCUCCAGCCUUCUGCACUGGGAUUAGGAAAUCCUCCCCCGGCAGACAGCUGGGAUGAUCGUGGCCCUCCUCACAAGCUUUUCUUCUCUCAGGGAUUCCAUUCUCGCUUUUCCGGUUGGCCAGUGCUUGAAAACAGUGGCCUCUUAGGUUUUCUCCAGUUUUGUCAUUGUUUACAGUAGGUGGGCUGCCAUGACCGGAAAUAGAAUUCCUGAAUUAUUGAGGACAUAUGUUGCUGUAGCACUCUGGGUGCUGCGUGAAUAUAUGAAUGAAAUAUAUGGGUCUCUGCGUAAACAAAAAGUACAGUUAGUGAGGUCCACAUGAGAAACAUAAUAUUAGAUCGAUCCUUUUUACCUUACUCCUUCCUUUUUUGUACCCUUGAAAAAAAAUGCUUUCUUUUUUUGUUUGUUUUAUUUUUAAAUGAUGUUGUGAUAUAGGGUGGCUUGUUUGGGUGAAGUGGUGGGGGUGAAGACGUUGCUCUUACAUCUCAAGGAAAAAGCAGCCAUCAAAAGCUACAGUGUUGUACUGAUCUCUGAUUACGCCAGACACCCAAGUGAUUGAUUGUUGUGGUUCAUUUUAUGGAGAAAUGAUGACCUCUAGCUCCUUCAUAAUAUUUAAAGAUAGACCCAAUAAUCUAAUAUUAGGAUUACAUGCAAGAAAGCUAGCUAGAAAUAGUGCAUGCUCGUUUAAAAAUAUCUUAAUAUUAACUUUGCCAUUUAAUAGUUCUCUUUUCACUUAGUUGCUGCCUUCUGAAUUUUGAUACCACUCGCCAUAAAAGAGUGAUUACUUGCUUCAAGUCUGUAGGAAUGUUGUUGAGGUAGUCAGUAUUUAUUCUAAACCUUCUUUCAGUCCAGUGUUGAAAAUUUCAGUGUGACAGGUUUUUCAUAAAUUCCCAGUUUUCAACAUGGCAUUCAAAAGAGGUCACUUAGAAAUUUCAUUGCACCUUUUGGGGAAGAGUUCUCUUCAACCUCAUAUUUAUUUUGGAAGCAUCUGAUCAUUUCAGCCUUAGCCUUCAUUCCUAGGGCUUCAAGGUCUUUGUUCAGCUUUAUUUUUUGGUCUGCAGACACAUGGAUGCAGACAUUGGAGUGUUUUGCAGAAGAGCUGUUUACUUGGAAACCCACAGUGAGAACGCUUAAUGUGGUGCGUUUCAUUUUUCUACUUGGUCUGGCCUUUUGAAGACCAAGAGAGAAUGUUGUAAAAAUGGUCAGGGUGAUGAUGACAGUCUAGAUAUGGUAGUAAUGGUUUGCUCUGUGGCUUCAAGUUUACCAUCUUUCAAAAUAGAUUAGUGUGUCCAUUGAUUUCAGAAGAUGCACGGUUGCCUCCGAGGCUUCUCAGGCAGGGCGUGUGAAUUUGUCCUUUCUGAAAGUGCGUCCCUCUCAUCCGCAUAGCAUCACUGUCACUCCCCCUCCAGUGUCCCUGUGAGAGGCUCUGUGAAGACCUGGUUCUCCCAGGGACAACUCCAUCCCAGAAGCACAUCACCUAAAAGGACUUGCCAAGCCAGACGAUGCCCGUGGAGCUGGGGCAGGCUCCAGUCCUGCUGCCGCCACUGGCCAAGCCCAAGGAGUCCGCGUUCUCUGGACCAGAUGACACCCCUCGAGGGGAGCCCUCCAGCUCUGAGAUUGCACGCCAGCUUUUCAGGCAGUUUCCUUACCAGGUGAUGUCCGGGCCCCACGAAACCCUGAGACAACUUCGGAAGCUCUGUUCCCAGUGGCUGCAGCCAGAGGUUCACACCAAGGAGCAGAUCCUAGAGAUCCUGACGUUGGAGCAGUUCCUGACCAUCCUGCCCGGGGAGAUCCAGAUGUGGGUGCGGAAGCAGUGUCCAGGCAGCGGGGAGGAAGCAGUGACCCUUGUGGAGAGCUUGAGGGGGGACCCCCAGAAGCUGUGGCAGUGGAUCAGCAUCCAAGUUCUGGGACAGGAAGUCUUAUCACAGAAGGCGGAGCCUGAAAGCUGCCCACUGGGGGAAGCGGAGGCCCAUGUUGAAGUGCCUCAGGAGCUGGGGCUUCAGAACUCAGCCUGCCGGUCUGGGGAGCCACUGAGCCACAUCGUGAAAGAGGAGUCCGACUCGGAACAAGGACUAGCCCUGGCUGCCUCCCCACUUCCUGCCCGACCCGAGGAAAGGCUCAUCAGAGACCAAGACUUUGGAGCCUCCCUUCUCCACACAGCACCUCAGUGGAGGCACCUGGAUUCCACUCAGAAGGAGCAAUACUGGGAUCUCAUGCUGGAGACUUAUGGGAAGAUGGUCUCAGGAGGCAUUUCCAAUCCCAAGCAUGACCUGACUGAUCCAGCCGGGUUUGGGGCAGAGCUGACAGGACCACACCUACACAUCAGUGAGAAGAUCCCAAGAUCCACCUGCACAGGGGACAGACAGGAGAAUGACAAAGAGAACUUAAACUUGGAGAACUACAGGGACCAGGACCCUCAAGCCUCAGGAGAGCCUCCUCAGACUUCCUUGAGUGGCCUCUUCAGCAAGGAUGAGCCGAGAUGCUUUGGAGAAGGAGAGAAUCUCCCCGAGGCCCAGGAGAACCUUCAUGGUGAGGGGACAGGGGCGCAGCUCUCUCCCCGAGAGAGGAAUUCCGGGACACAGCUGGGUCAGCAUCUGCCACCUCUUCCCGGAGAGCCGUCCAUGCCAUGGCUGGAGGGGAAGAGAGAGGCCUCCCCACGACGGCAGCCGAGAGCCCCCAUGGCCCAGAGACUCCCUACCUGCAGGGAGUGUGGGAAAGCCUUCUACCGGAAUUCCCAGCUGGAUUUUCACCAAAGAACUCACACUGGAGAGACGUACUUUCAGUGCCCCACCUGCAAAAAAGCCUUUCUGCGGAGUUCAAACUUCGUGAAGCAUCAGCGAAUCCACACAGGCGAGAAGCCCUGCAAGUGUGAUACGUGUGGGAAGGGCUUUAGCGACUUCUCGGGGCUGCGCCACCACGAGAAAAUCCACACGGGGGAGAAGCCCUAUAAGUGCCCCAUCUGUGAGAAGAGUUUUAUUCAGAGAUCCAACUUUAAUAGGCAUCAGAGGGUUCACACAGGAGAGAAACCGUAUAAGUGCUCCCGCUGUGGGAAAAGUUUCAGCUGGAGCUCAAGCCUUGCCAAACAUCAAAGAUCCCAUUUGGGAAAGAAGCCCUUUCAAUAGCCAAGCUCUGUGAGCCCAUGUCUGUCUCCUGGUCCAUUUAAAAAUACUUGGCGGGCUUCCCUGGUUGCGCAGUGGUUAACAAUCCGCCUGCCAAUGCAGAGGACACGGGUUCAAGCCCUGGUCUGGGAAGAUUCC